GUGUAAAAUUUACUAAAAAACGCGCUCUAUCUGCUUAAAGUUCGUAUGCCGCGAGAAGUCCUGGUUUAGACCGAAAUAAAGCAAGAAUAAAAUAGAGAAAGGCUCAGUCCCUAGCCGGAGAGCUGGGCGUCAUUCACGUGAAUCUGUAAUGAUCUCGGCGCCGAUGAGACUAUCGUUGAGCAACUCGCUUGAGGAAGACGUUUGAUUUUGGCUUGCCGUGUAGCUUCAGAUAGUUGUCCAGAGUGCCCCGUUCGUUAACCGCAGGCUUGUACCAGAAACCAUCCUUAGACUUUAGUAGGAUGGAGGGCUCGGUUUGUGACAGUGAGAAAUAGGACCUUGCGUGUCUUUUGGUCCCUCGCACGUCCUGUAGCGUCCCUAGUAACCGAGCCCCUAGUAACCGCCCGCCCCAAGCCAGGAUCUGCGAGGUCGGGGGCGGCGCCAGCUCACCCGCCCCGGGCCGGCGCGGGCGCUGAGGCUCGAGGCGGGGCGAUGGCUUCCCCGCACCGGGCGGCCAGGCAGGCGGCCGCCAGUCUCCACCUGCCGGUAAAUCUCACCACCGGAGCAAGGGGCGCCCAGUACGAACACGAAGACCCCUUCGAGUCCUUGGUAGCAGCGGCGUUGGCGGCAGCCGUGGAGGAGGAACAGAAAGGGAUGCGGCCGGCGCGGGCGUCGGCUGGUGGUGGUAGCAGCUUUCCUAGGGAGGAUGAAGGCAUGACACUCCAGGACGUCAUAGACUUUUCUGAUAUUUACCACUCUAAUGAAGAAUAUUUCAGGAAACUAAGAGAGCUGAAAGCUGCCCAUGCAGAAACCAUGGCAAAAUUAGAGAAAAUGUACCAGGACAAGCUAAACAUAAAAGACAUCCGGCCAGUGAUCAUCAGGGAAGAUUCUUCUAGUGUCUCCUCUGGUUCUGCAUCGGAAAAGGACUGCCCUCACCCUGCCCUUCUAGUGACAUCGCUUUCAGAGCCCGAGGUGGGCCGGUCCCCCUCCUUGUCCAGCACUUCUGAGGAGGAGCUGCCCAACCUGGAGAGAGAGGCUCCCCGGGGCAGCAGGAUGACAGCGUAUGCCAAGGAGCUCAUCAACAACAUGUGGACUGGCUUUUCUGUGCAAGAUUAUAUUCAGCACGACUCUGACUUCCAAACAGCUAAGAAAACAAGGAGGAAACCCAAAACCUGGGUGCCCACAGUUACAGUGCCUGUGCCCUUUCAAAUGACGCUCAGGGAGCAGAAGAGGAGAGAGGAGGCGCUGAGGGCCCGAGCGGAUCUGGAAAGGGACAACGACGACGACGACGACGUGGAGUGCAGGAGGAAAUUCCGAGCCAAUCCUGUCCCCCCCUGCCUGUUCCUCCCCCUGUAUGAGGAUCUGAUCAGGCAGAAGGAAGAGCGAAGGAGGACGGCCAGGGAGAGAAACAAAGCCGCGCUCCUGGCCUCCCAGAGGCCGUUCAAGUUCAUUGCCAGGGAGGAGCAGAAGCAGGCGGUCCGUGAGAAGCAGCUGAGAGACCUUUUUAAGUCUAAGAGGAAAACGAAGCGCUUCAAAGCCAGACCCAUGCCUCAUUCUAUUUACAGGUCGGCUUCCAAUGACAAGGCGAAGGAAGAAGAGCUCUUUAGGAACAUCAGGAUGCAGCUAAGGGCCCAAGAACUGCUGCAGAAUCCAUCCUGGCCCUAUAGGUCAGCUGGCAGACCUCUCAGGGACCCCAGAAGUCCUGGAAAGCCAGGGGGUAAACACAGGUGUAGGUGCCUGAGCCCUGAUGAUGGAGACUUUGCUGAGAACCGACGGAAGGAGCCCUCCUCAGAACACUGCUUCCUGAACCCCUCCGCUCUUUAUAAACAGUGUGGUCUUCAGGAAUCCCCGUGUGACUCUGCUAAGAGACAGAAAGUCUUGGCAGACAUGAGAGCAGCCGAAGAAAAUCUGAAAGAAACAUGCUGGCCUUAUCUGUCUCCAAGGCGGAUGUCCCCGGUCAGAAGUCCGUGUGCAAAGCCCAGGCCUUGUCUGUGGAGCCCUCCGAUGCCCACCCUGUCUUCCCGAGGGCGGGAACAAGCCAUCAGGAAAUCACUUGAGGAAAAGAAAAUGUUGGAAGAAGAGAGAAAUCGGAUCCUAACUAAACAGAAGCAAAGAAUGAAAGAAUUGCAGAAGCUCUUGGCAACCCGAGUUAAAGCUUAUGACUCACAUCAGGGCUUAGCCCAGAUGUCUAAAUCCAGAGUAAACCAUCUCAGAGAGUGUGAAAAGGCAAGGAUGAAAGAGUAUCGGCAAGAACUGGAAGAACGGGAUGAGAAGCUUCAGAAGAGGCCGAUGCUGUUUGAAAGAGUUGCCCAGAGAAAUGCAAGAUUGGCAGCAGAAAAGCAUUAUUCUGACACCCUAAAAGCACUAGGCCUGUCUGAGGAGUUUGUUACAGAGAAAGGCCAAGGUGGAAAAGUGUCUGAGAACAUCACCAGGCCAGAGCCGGGAAGCCACACAUCGGAUAAAGAAAGCUCUUAUGAAGAAGAAAGAGAGAAUGAGGAAGAAAGCUCUUUUCUUGAUGCCAACAGCCAGGAUUCUCUCAAGGAAAGCACGGGAGAUGUCGAAGAAAGCAGAGAAGAAAAUUCUGAAGAGUGAACCUGAGUCUCGAGGUUUCCGCUCACGGAGCCCUUCCUUCCACACGCAGCCUCAGGACCCCGGCCCCCACUGGGCUGCCCUGAACACGCGGGGACAGCUCCCACGCAUGCAGAGCCGCUGAACCAAGGCGUCCUGUCUGGAAAAGGCUGUGUCCACACAACGGCCGGUUUGAUUGCUAGAUUACAGCUCUGCUGUCUGUAGUUCUGAAAUUGCUAUGUAUGCUGUUUGUGAUUAUGACUGUAUUUUAUUUUCAAAGUGUUUGAGGGUUGGAGAACCGCAGCUGUCACAAAUGGGUUAGUUAUGGAAAUGUACAUUUACAUUUGGUGGGGAAAAGAGUUUGGUGUUGAGAAAACUACUAGCUUUUGAAGAUCUAUUUUUAAAUUUACUAAGUAUUUUCAAUUUUUUCAAAUAAUAUGCAGAAAAAAUAGGUACUUAGACAUUUCCUGCUAAAUUAUCCAUACCAUGGCUACUUUUUCUUUUUUUGCCCUGUUUUUGUGGAGAUUAAAUCCAGGGUUCACAUAUACUUAGCAUGAAUUCUACCAUUGAGCUGUACCUCUAAUCCCCCCAAAUCCUUUUUGAUAGGUAAAGUAUUAAAAUAAUUUAUCUUACUCUGUAUGUAUGUAUUACUGCACAUGGAAUAAUUAUGGCAUUUCCGUGUGGUAAUCUUUUUGUUUCUUUGUUUUGGUUUUUGGUUUUUCGAGACACGAUUUCCCUAUGUAACAGCCCCGGCUUUCCUGAAUCUCACUCUGUAGACCAGGCUGGCCUUGAACUCACGGAGAUCCGCCUGCCUCUGCCUCCCGAGUGCUGGGAUUAAAGGCGUGCGCCACCACUGUUCAGCGUGUGAGGUAAUCAUAAUUGAGAUAUAUAAGUCCCUGUUCUAAAUAUGCUGAAAUUGUGAUCCUAACUUGCCAAAGGAAAAUCCUAAAAGUAACUCAAGUUUAAUUUUUGUAUUGCUAACUUACUGUGAUUAACUUUGUAUACACUGUUACAAACUUACUGUCUCUGUUCAAGACUUAAUUUGAUCUUGAGUCAUUUUUCCCUCUUUAAGCACAUUUUUGUUUUGAAAAUUCAAACUAAUCUUUAGAAUGCUACAAAGUAAGACAUUGCCAUUCUGACAAUUAGCUUUACAAAGGACUCGUAAUAAAGGUGGGCGACAACAUCUCCCAGCUGCUUCUUUUGCUUAGGAAGAUGUGUUCUCAGCUGGGGCUCAUGUGACAUUCCUGCUGCUCUGAUUAGAUUGCUAAGUCCUUUAGAGGUGGCAUUAUUUGAAAAGUCACGUUGUAUCCCACUAGCUGUUAACAGGGUUGUGCGUAAGGUAGACAGCUUAAUGCAGAUUUGAACGAGGAUGGAUGGAUGGCUCUCAAUUACAGUCACAGUUACUUCAGAGCGUACGAAUGGAUCUGGAAACAUUUCCGACUUACCGAGGACUUGUACAACAAUCCACAAACUGUCAAAUCUAGAAUGUUACUUCUUCUCUCCUCCCCUCAAUUUCACGGAGAGAGUGUGGUCUGAGGACAUUAAAGACAUCAGAACCAG